AUGCGGCAUGAUAUCUCUAUUUUCAACCAAGGUGAGUCUGAAUCAUUUGAAGAGGCAUGGAAUCGUUUCAAGAAUAUGUUAAGGAAGUGCCCGCAACAUGGUUUUAACAAGAAGACACAGAUCCGAUCUUUCUACACUGGACUACUUUCAUCCUUCAAGAGCAUGGUGGAUUCCUCAUCUGACGGGUCUAUCUCCACGAGAACAAUUGAUAGAGCAUGGGAGCUAUUUGAGAGAAUGGCAACAAAUUUAGCCAUGUGGUCUAUAGAUCGAGUGGUUCAGAAGAGAUUGCCAGGGGUUUAUGAAGUAGAUACUUAUUCUGCACUAUCUGCAAAGAUAGACUCUUUGUUCCAUAAGUAUAUGGAAGCCAACAAUCAGUUUAUGCGAAAGACAGAUGCAACUCUUCAAGACCAGAGUGCAGCAAUCAAAAAUUUGGAGACACAAAUGGGACAGAUGGCAAUCUCCAUUACGGGUAGAGUACCAGGAAAUCUGUCCAGCAACACUGAAAUCAACCCUAAAGAGCACGCAAAGGCUAUAACAACCAGAAGUGGAGUACAACUACCGGAGAUACAUGUCAAAAGAUCGGUAGCUAGCAAGAAAUCAGCACCAACCUCGGAUAACGAAAUUGUGGAACAAACUGAACAAACAAUAGGGAAUGUGGGCAAAGAGAAUUCCAAUACAUCACGGGAUGCCAUUUCUAUCACCCCUCAUAAGCCUCCUAUUCCGUUUCCACAGAGAUUGAAAAAGCACAAAUUGAAUCAGCAAUACAGUAAAUUUCUUGAAGUCUUCAAGAACUACAUAUCAACAUUCCAUUUGCCGAAACACUUGUUCAGAUGCCAAAAAGGGCAGCUUAUAUUGAGGCUUGGCAAAGAGCAAAUCUCGUUCAACGUGUUCAAGGCAAUGAAAUUCCCGACUGAGUCAGACAGCCAUUUCCAGAUCGAUACUAAUCCGCCAUACAUACGCAGACGUUACUUCGAAGAACUGGGAACCAGGACUACACAGUCAGUGCCAUCUAUUCAGCAACCUCCCAAAUUGGAACUCAAGCAACUGCCACCACACGUGAGAUAUGCUUACCUGGGGGAAUCUUCUACACUUCCGGUUAUUAUUUCAAGUACUGUCAGUGAAGUGAAGGAAGAGAAAUUACUUCGGGUGUUAAGGGAAAACAAAACAGCCAUUGGAUGGUCAAUUGCAAAUAUCAAGGGGAUCAGUCCGUCGCUAUGCAUCAGCUAUCCAAUAUCAAAUAGUGCUUGGAUCAGUACAGUACAAGUUGUUCCCAAGAAAAGGGGUAUCACAGUGAUAGAAAACGAGAAAAACGAGUUGAUUCCUACAUGGACAGUGACUGGAUGGAGAGUUUGCAUUGAUUACCGCAAACUAAACGCUGCUACUCGAAAAGAUCACUUUCCACUACCAUUCAUUGAUCAAAUGCUGGAAAGACUAGCUGAGCAUUCACAUUAUUAUUUUCUGGAUGGAUAUUUCGAGUAUAAUCAGAUUUCAGUAGCACCUGACGAUCAGGAGAAGACAACUUUUACUUGCCCCUACGGUACCUUUGCAUACCGUAGGAUGCCGUUUGGUUUACGCAAUGCUUCUGCAACUUUUCAGCGCUGCAUAAUGGCUAUCUUCUCAUAUAUAAUUGAGAAAUUCAUCGAGGUCUUCAUGGACGAUUUCUCAGAGUUCGGGUCUUCAUUUGAUGAGUGCUUGGAGCAUUUGAGUCUUGUGCUACAGCGGUGUACGGAGACUAACUUGGUAUUGAAUUGGGAGAAAUGCCACUUUAUGGUGCAGGAAGGCAUCGUGCUAGGACACAGAAUCUCAGCAAAGGGUAUUGAAGUGGACAGAGCAAAGAUUCAGGUGAUCGAGAAAUUACCGCCACCUACAUCUAUGAAUGGUUUUUGUAGUUUCCUCGGGCCUGCCGGUUUCUACAGAAGGUUCAUCAAGGAUUUCUCAAAGAUUACUAAACCGUUGUGCGGUCUGUUGAUGAAGGAAUCCACAUUUGAGUUAACAGAUGAGUGUCUACUUGCUUUUAACACCUUGAAGGAGAAGUUGAUUUUUGCACCAGUGAUCAUUACGCUAGAUUGGAAUCUACCGUUUGAAUUAAUGUGCGACGCCAGUGAUUAUGUUGUUGGGGCUGUCUUAGGACAACGAAAAAAUAAGAUAUUUCACGUGAUUUACUAUGCAAGUAAGACCUUGAACGAAGCUCUACUCAAUUAUACAACUACAGAAAAAGAGCUCCUUACCGUAGUCUACGCCUUUAACAAAUUUUGGUCAUAUCUCGUGGGAUCAAAGGUUAUCGUUUACACAGAUCACGCAGCUAUCAAGUACUUAAUGGAAAAGAAGGACGCAAAGCCCCGUCUCAUUCGUUGA